AUGAAAGUAGUUCAAAGAUUUGUUAAAAGUUGCGAUAUCUUUGGUUAAAAGGUUGACUUUAACUAUAAAAAAUAAGAAGCAUACAAAACAGGAUUUGGAGGAUGUGCCUCUCUAAUUAUUAUAGUUAUUUUAAUUGUUUUCUUUUAAUCCAAUGUAUUAAGCUUUUUUGCAAAAAUAAACAUAUUUGUAAGUUAAACAACAGAAUUUGAAGACUUUCCUGAUUAAAUUAUUUUAAACGAGGAGAAUUACAUGAUUGCAUUAUAAAUUGAAUAAAAAAAUUUUACAAUUAACCCUUAUUUCAACAUUACUGCAGUUUAAUAAAAUUCAACUAGAUUAGAGGAUGGAACAAUGUUAAAAACGACGACUGAAAUUAAUUUGAUUCCAUGUUCGUUAGAUAGAUUCUAAAAAGUCUUUUCAAAGUUUAAUAUUGAUUUUAAAUCUCAAUAUUAUUCGCUUGGACUCUCAGAUUAUUUAUGUCCAGACUUGAAUUACUCUAUGAAAUUAACAGGAAGAUUUGCAAACAGAGAAUUUAAUUACAUAAAAAUCACAGUUUCAAAGUGUAACAAUGAUACAAGUAAUAAUUCUAUUUAUACAUGGAAACCUGUUUGUAAAUCAGAGGAAUCCAUAUAAAGUUACCUCUAAACUACUUCAGCCUUUAAGGUUUCUCUCUACAUGACAAAUUUAAUAGUGAAUCCCUCAAGUCCUUAAAAUUUUAUAUCAGCUUACCUUGAUGACGAACUCUACUUUACAUUCACACCCAAGUUACUUUAAAGGUAAGGCAACAUAUUUUGGAGAAAAUAUAAUUUUCAAACAGAUGAGAGUCUGACACCCUUUAAAAGUGUAAAAAAUGAGACAUUUUAUGCUCGAACUGCAACAGACUUUAGGGAUUUAACAUUGUUAGGAACAGAUACCGAUGUUAUAUAUGCUCAGUUUUACUUAAGAAGGAGUACAUUCACUGAAAAUAUUUUGAGAAACUAUUAAAAAGUAGAUGAUUUAAUGUCCUAUUUGGGAGGAUUCUUAUAAAUAAUGAUCGUAUUCUUCGGAUUCUUUAUUUAGGUUUAUAACAAAUAAUCCUAAUUAGUUGAUUUAUCAAAUGAAUUAUUUGAUUUUGAAGUUGAAGAUGAGAAUAAAAAGCCUUUAUUAUCGAAUCCUGAUGAUACUGAAUAGUAGAUAUUACAUUAAAAUCAAUCUUAAUCAAUGGUUAGUCUUGGAUUUGAAUUAAGUAAUUAAGGAGGCAAAGAUUAAAUAAUUAAUAGUGCUUAAUAGUAAAUUAGAAAUUCAACAUAAGAAUUAUUUUUAUCGAAUUUAAACUUAAAAAAUUAUCAGUAAUAGUCAUAGAAAAAAUUCUAUUAUAAAGAUCAACUUGAAUAAAAACAUAAGGAUGAGUUGGAGAAAAAUAGGUAAAAAACAGGAAAGUAAUAUUUUUAUGAAUAAAUUUAAAAACUUUUUGAUAAAUAAAAAAAAAUAGAGUUUACGUUGAAGUACUUAAUAAAAAGAGUCUUUUGUUAAAAAGCUCUAAAAUCUCAAGAUGAAAGAUUACUAAAUAAAGCAGUAAAUUAAGUUAAUUCUGAAUUAGAUUUAUUAGUUAUGUUGAACAAAAUACAAGAGUUGGAUAAAUUAAAAGAUUUAUUAUUAAAGAAGCCUUAAUAAAUCAUUUUUAAUUUUACUCCUAAACCUUUAAUAGCAUUGAAAGAAUAGAAAAUAUUUCCUAACAGGUAAUUAAUCCAUUAAUCAAGUAUGUAAAAAUCGCUUAAUUUGGUUAAUGAUAUGGAAUCAUCAUUAUAGGUAGGAUAGGAUAAUGGAAAUAUGGAUUAGUUAAAAACUCUAUAAAAUGAUUCCUUUAAUAAUUCUCCAUAACGAAUGUAUUCUAAGCUUUUUAAAGCUUACGACAAGAUUUCUGUCGAUUUAGAUAAGCAAACAGAAGAGAAUAGAAUUAAUGUUUAAUUAAUGAAAAGUUUAAGCCCAAAGAUUUAAAAUAUUUUUGAAGUUACUUAAUUAUUAGAGUCUUAGGAGAAGAUAUAUAAAUAGAACGAGUUAAUUUAAAUAUCUAAUUUAUUUAAAAAAUGA